CACCUACACCUUCCCUGAGCAACACUAUAUUGCAGCAUUGCAGCUUUAAAAGGCUGGGUGACUCCCUCCUGACUAAAUGCACUUUAACAAACUCUCAACACACUUCCCCUCUCAAUUUUGUGCAACAUAUGGAAAUGGAGGACCAAAUGGAAAGCCAAAAGAGAAGAGGAAUAAGCAAAGAUGAGUUAAUAUCUGAGAGGACAGGGUCUUUGGGAUGCGUCGGUUGGUUCAUCGUCAUCCUCUCUGCCAUCUUCACAAUUUGCCUCUUCCCCUUCACCAUCUGGUUUUGUCUGAAGAUUGUUCAGGAGUACGAGCGUGCUGUCAUCUUCAGGCUUGGCCGCAUCACAGACAGGAAGGCAAAAGGACCAGGAAUUUUCUUUGUCCUGCCGUGCACUGAUUCCUUUGUGAAAGUGGAUCUGCGAACAGUUUCAUUUGACAUCCCACCACAAGAGAUCCUGACCAAGGACUCAGUUACAGUCUGCGUGGAUGGAGUGGUGUACUUCCGGGUCAGUGACCCCAUCGCUUCUGUGGCCAACGUGUCUAAUGCUGACUUUUCCACCCGCCUGCUGGCACAAACCACCCUCAGAAAUGUUUUGGGCACUAAGAACCUGGCUGAGCUCUUGUCUGACCGUGAGGGCAUCGCUCACGGGAUGCAGUCUAGCCUGGAUGAGGCCACAGAUGACUGGGGCAUCAAGGUGGAACGUGUGGAGAUUAAAGAUGUGAAGCUGCCAGUCCAGCUGCAGAGAGCUAUGGCCGCUGAAGCAGAAGCUGCCCGAGAGGCCAGAGCCAAGGUGAUUGCAGCAGAAGGUGAGAUGAACGCAUCUCGUGCCCUGAAGGAGGCGUCCCUCGUGAUCGCAGAGUCUCCGUCAGCCCUGCAGCUUCGCUACCUGCAAACUCUCAACACCAUCGCAGCAGAGAAGAACUCCACCAUCAUCUUCCCUCUGCCCAUGGAUGUCAUGUCUCACUUCAUGAAGAAGUGAUUCCUCAGUGACGUCUCAAUUUGCUGGUCCCCUGAAGUCACCGUUUGAUGUGAUUAUGGUACAUUUCUGCAGCUAUGUGAAAAAAUAACUGUCAGGAUGAAAGAUAAUGCCGUUGUUGAAUGGAAGAUAUUUUUUCAGAUGUGUUUAUAUAGUCAAGCUGUGAACAGAACAGGCCUGCUAACCAAUGUGAUUUAGAUUAUAUACAGAACAGUCAGCAUAGUUUACAUGUCUUUCACAAAUUAUGUUAUGAGACUGGUAUCAUAUUAAGAUUAUAUAAUAAAAAUUGUCUCAUUCAUCAUGAUAUUGUACUUUAUUAUGUAAUGUUGAUCAGCAUAUUUUAAUACAAUAAAAUGCGUAGUAUAUUAAGGCAUUAGAGUCGCCAAUUAACUUAAUGUGCAUGUCUUUGGACUGUGGGAGGAAGCCGGGGAGUACUCACUGUGUAGCACAGGGAGAACAUACAAACUCCACACAGAAGGGCCCCAGGCUCAGGGUUCGAACCCAAACAUCUAACUAUAGUAAGGCAUGAAAGUCUCAUAGUGUAGUAAGUCAUUAAAACGCCAUAAUAUAGUAAGGCAUAGAAACGUUAUAGUAUAGGAAGGAAUGAAAUAAUUCAUAGUAUAGAAAGACAUAAAAAUGUCAUAGUAUAAUGAGGCCUAAGAAAGUCAUAGUAUAGUAAGGCAUCGAAGCAAUUGUGAAUGUGAAUCCUGAAUAUAAUACAAUACAAUAAAUCCCACGACUUUUCUUAAACAUUUUUAAUACUGUGUUCUCCCAAAAAAGUACAAAUAAAUCAUCAACAUACUGUGUAUACAUUACAUGUUGAAAUAUCUCAUUCCUCGUCCUCUAGGCCUCCUACUGUACGCUACAGUUACAUUUUGACCUUCACAAAUGCAGAGAGGUAAAAGAAGAGAAAGGGAGAGCGAGAAACAGCAAAGACAGAAAAAACAUGCUUCUAUUACUUUCUUGGUUGCACUAAGACACAGCUCAUGUCGUAAAUAUAUUUACAUUCAAACAUACAAUCAGUGCCUGAACAAAUUCAGUAAACUUUGUCUCUGGAGCAAAUCCACACGGGGGGGUAAUUGUAUAGCUUACCUCCACAAAUUUAAAUUCUAGUGCUGAAACUUGACAAACCAUGGAAACAUUUGCUACAACAGCAUUUAAAUAUCAACAUGGACGUUUGAAUUUCUAAUAAAUUACCCAUGUUUCUUGAGGGGAGGCUCAACCAAGUGCUACAUAUUAAAUGGCUGCUACAUAGUGGUCAGACAAGAGGCCCUUCUAUAUUAAAGAAAAUCACAUGAAUGACUGGUAUAAAAUGCAGUCAUUACAGUUUUUGACAUUCAGCGCAUAGCGAGACACAGAUGUCCACAGGACACAUUGAGGGGUCAUUACAAUACCAGUUCAUUAUUUAGAAAUCAUUGUCCAUUCAAAGGUGAAAUAUCAAUUUAAGAUGAAGUCGGUAACUUUAUGCUGUCAUUUGUAAACAUUCAUUCUGUUGCAUCCUUGUAGACUGUAUUUUUUGCACCUGAAUUGACCUUUAGGAGGACCCUGAAGAAUCAUUCAAUGACGUAGGUGAACUACAAUCCUAAACAUUUGAAAACACAGUGACUUUCUGACUGGUAUAUUCUUACAAUUGCUUGUUAUGCAAAGACAUUCUCAAAAUCGUCAGCGUCGGUAUAAAAUUGGUGAGAAUUGAGAUACAUUUCUCAAAUCCUAUGCUGUUGUUGACAUUCUUUUGUUUUAAGAGCAUUUAACCCUGUGUAUGUAUCAUACAAAAAAAUUUGAAGAGUCAUGAAAAGAAUCAUUUUUCACUUUUUCACGUUCAUCAAAAGUGCUGGUAUAGCAAUGAAAGAUCCACUUAAAGGUCUUUUACUCAAAAACUGACAACCCAGAAACGUCAUCCUUCACACCCCCCAUACAACUACUUAACUUUUAACAAUAUCAAUUAGUUGCUACCCCUAACCCAUGCUCCCAUUAGCAAUUUGUCUAUAAAUACCAACACAUAUUUACCCUCAUCCCUUCUCACUGGCCUUGUUCAUUUACAGCAGCUCAUUUUCAUGUGUAGUCUGAACAGCUUUCGCUUAGUGUGAAUAAAUCAUCGAAUAAUACUGUCGUGUUUAAUACUGUCGUUUCAGUGUUGACUUAUUCAAAGCCAAAUGAAAGAUUAGGACCCUGAGGGUAAGUUAGUCAGUAGAGAACAGUACAGGAGGCAGCUAUGACAUACUGUAUGCUAUAAAAUAGUUCUUAUUUUUAUACAUCAAAGGUUGGUUUCUCUGUUGUAUUUUAUAUAAGUGGAAAAUUAUCUUGGGAAAUAUCUUGUCUAUAAUGUUCUGUAAAGAAGCUAUACAAAAGAAAAUUGAAAGCAUUUCUAAUCUAAAUUUAGAAAAUAAUUCCCUGAACAAUAUAGUCUUGCACACUGAGAUUUCAGUGUAGUUUGCAACAAGUUUAGAACAUAAUAAUCAAAGAAUAAAAAGUGUCAUUCAGAUAAACAAACCGGAAGGGGUUAACCAGAGGUUAUGAGGAGGUUCACACAGGUUCAGAAAGGGCUACACUAAUCUAGUACAUCACAAAGAGGUAAACAGAGGGAUAACCUGUAUUUUUCUUCUUUUUUUUUUUUUUUUUUUUUUUUAAA